UUUAGCGUUCUGCCUCUGAGACCUACGCUCUGUUAUAGCCAUGGACAUCACUAGGGAUGUACUGAAUUUCGGUGCUGGACCUGCCAAGCUCCCGCCAUCGGUUCUGCUUGAAGCACAGAAAGAACUGAUUGACUACAGAGGACUUGGCAUCAGUGUUCUAGAAAUGAGCCAUCGAUCAUCUGAUUUUACAAAGAUUAUGAACACCACAGAAGUUUGCUUGCGUGAAUUGUUGGAUAUUCCAGAUACCUACAAGGUGCUUUUUCUUCAAGGAGGUGGAAGUGGACAAUUUAGUGCAGUUCCCCUUAAUCUUAUUGGUUUAAAGGAUGCCAAAUGUGCGGAUUAUGUGGUUACUGGAGCUUGGUCUGCAAAGGCAGCGAAAGAGGCAGAGAAAUAUGGAAAAGUAAACAUUGUUCAUCCAAAGCUUGGAAGUUACACAGGGAUUCCAGAUCCAUGCAGCUGGAAUCUUAACCCAGAAGCUUCAUACGUAUAUUACUGUGCAAAUGAAACUGUUCAUGGAGUGGAAUUCCAGUUUGUUCCUGAGGUUAAGGGAACAGUUCUAGUCUGUGACAUGUCCUCAAAUUUCCUUUCUAAACCAGUUGAUGUUUCUAAGUUUGGUGUAAUUUUUGCUGGAGCUCAGAAAAACGUUGGCUGUGCAGGGGUGACAGUAGCCAUUGUGCGAGAGGAUUUGCUGGGUCACUCUCUAAAAGAAUGCCCAACAGUUCUGGAUUAUAAAAUCCAAGCAGGAAAUGGUUCCUUGUACAAUACACCUCCAUGUUUCAGCAUCUAUAUAAUGGGACUGGUGCUCGAGUGGAUUAAGAAUAAUGGAGGUGCUGCAGCUAUGGAGAAAUUAAGCAUCAUUAAAUCUAAUAUGAUUUACAGCAUUAUUGAUGAAUCCAAUGGAUUAUUUGUAUGUCCAGUAGAAGAGAAGAGUAGAAGCAAAAUGAAUAUUCCUUUCCGUAUCGGAAAUAUCAAUGGGGACAGUGAUUUGGAAAAACAGUUUCUUGCCAAAGCUGUAGAACGUGGGAUGAUGUCUCUGAAAGGCCACAGGUCUGUGGGAGGCAUAAGGGCUUCUCUGUACAAUGCUGUUACUGUGGAAGAUGUGCAGAAGCUUGCAGACUUUAUGAAAUCCUUUCAGGAAUCACACCAGUAAUGGACUCAAGCAGUAUUAUUUCAAGCUUCACCAUCAUGGACAGCUGUAAUAAAAUGGCACUUACUAAUAUGUUGUUCAUAGUUUGUACAGUAUUGUUUGUAAUUUUAUCAUUCUUUUGUAAUGAAUCAGGGGUGUCUGUUUGUAUUCCCCAUCUCUUUGCACAAAAAGGCAGUUAAAAAGCUAAAGUAACAGUAAAGCUGGAAUGCUUUCCUUUUGCUAAAAUUGUAGUUUGUGAAAUGUGUAAAGCUUAAAUAACUGAACAAAUGCAUCAUCCUGAUAGUCUGAUGUAAUUUAUCUGGUGAAAUAAGACUAUUGUAUCCUGUUUGCUAAAGGGACCAAUAUGUAUGUAUUUUCCUUAUGGCUAAGGAAUUAAGGCAGAAAUAACAUGUAUGAUAGUUUUUUUUUUUUUCUUACAUUCCCUUCAACUGCUUUAUAAUGUUCUGUUCUAGUGGUGCUACAGAACCAACUGGUUGGUACCUGCUGCUUUGGCAAAAAGAUACAAGACACAAUGCAAAGGUUAAAACGUGUUUUUGUGAUGCAACUUUUACAUUGCCUUGAAUAAUGUAUUUAAAAAAAAAAAAA